UUGAAUUCCCUUCUGAAAUGUUUUUACGGUUUCUUGAUAAAAAGCGGGUUGAAUGUUUUACUGUUGUUUCGGAGCGUUUGGAGCACGUGGCAUAAUAAUUAUAUAAAAUUUAAAUAUAUUUUCUUCAAAAUGCAGCUUCGGCCUUUGCUUAGUAUCAUAUUUAUUUUAAUAAACUUAAAAGCGAGUUAUUUGGUAUCACUUACUAAAUCAAGAAGAUUGCCUCAAAGAAACAACCAUAAAAAUAUAUCUGGACUAUUGGAUAGUUUAUUAAAUGGUUACGAUAAUAGUAUUAGACCGAAUUUUGGAGGGCCACCUGCAAUUAUUGAAGUCGAUAUAAUGGUUAGGAGUAUGGGACCAGUAUCAGAGAUAGAUAUGACCUACUCUAUGGACUGCUACUUUAGGCAAUCAUGGAUCGAUCGACGGUUGUCAUUUUCUGGACCCGAUAACGGUACAUUAGCACUUAGUAUAACAAUGCUGGAGCGCAUUUGGAAGCCUGAUACUUACUUUUACAACGCCAAGCAGUCUUAUCUUCAUACCAUUACGACCCCUAAUCAAUUUGUUAGGCUUUAUCAUGAUGGAAGGGUGCUAUAUUCGUCCAGGCUAACAAUUAAAGCUGGUUGCCCUAUGAAUCUAGAAGAUUUUCCUAUGGAUAUUCAGAGAUGUCCUUUGAAAUUCGGCUCAUUUGGAUAUACAAACAAAGAUGUUAUUUAUACAUGGAACUCUGCUAGGCAGGUGGCAAUAGCUGAGGACAUGAAGCUGUCACAAUUUGACCUAAUUGAUACUCCUGCUGGAAAUCAAACUUACUUAGUGUUGAGCAGAUUACAGAAGCAAAAUCAGAAAAAAGUUAUUGUUUUAAAAUCAGAUUUAGAUGAAUAUUCUAUGUUACUUGUAAGUUUUCAUCUCCAACGUCAUAUGGGAAAUUUUCUUAUACAAGUAUAUGGACCAUGUAUUUUACUAGUGGUUUUAUCAUGGGUGUCUUUUUGGCUAAACAGAGAAGCUACCGCUGACAGAGUUUCUUUAGGUAUAACUACUGUACUAACAAUGACAUUUCUUGGACUAGAAGCAAGAAAAGAUCUACCAAAGGUGUCAUAUCCAACAGCAUUAGACUAUUUUGUGUUCUUAUCAUUUUCAUUUAUAUUUGCGACAAUAUUACAGUUUGCUGUAGUCCAUUAUUUUACAAAGUAUGGAUCCGGAGAAUGUUAUUUUAGCGAGUUUAACUCCGAUAACUCAGACUCUGAUGAAGAAAAUGAAUGGGAAACUUGCGAACGAAUUAUCCGACUAGGAGAAGAUUCGAUUACUUCACCGCCCAUGCAUCACCAUAUGCCUACGGAUCCUACCUCAAUAGAAAUAAUUCCUCUCACUCCAUAUACAACCAUUCCUUUUAAGAGGAGAUCAUCUACCUCAUGGAUAAAUUAUAAGAGCUGUUCAAGGAGAAAUAAGGAUCAUGAGAUCCAAAUGGAAAGUGAAUGCGAGAGAACUUCAAUAACUAUUCAAAAUAACACAUGCAGAAAGAAAAAACGAACUCCACGCUUCAACUCAGUAUCGAGAAUUGAUCAAGCUUCUCGGAUAGUUUUUCCAAUAUUUUUCGUUACGAUUAACAUGUUUUAUUGGUACGCUUACUUGUUAAGCACUAACAGGUUGCAAAAUAUCAAAUAGCUGUAAUUAUAGUAUAGUUUAAUAUGAAGUUUCAUUCUAACGGAAACUAUGAGUAAAUUUAAGUAAAUGCAGAGAAAAAAAAUAUUGUGCAUAAUAUAAAGCAUAACUGAUGAACGGCAUUGGAUUAUAAGCAAUUGUAGUAGUAGUAGAUUGACUAAUGAUUGAUGAUAGAACAUUGCACACAUCUUAUUAUCGUGUCAGAGCAUUUACAUAAAAUAUAUCUUCAAAUAAAGCGUAUACCAAAAAGAAAAUAAUGAUAUUGCAGUUGCUCCAAAUUUUA